ACAUAAUUAAUUCAAAAUAGUAUAUGGAAGAGAUCUACAUCAAUUAAAUAAUAAAAAACCUUAUUUCAGUCAUUUAAAUUAAGUUAGUGAAAUAAUAAUCUAAUCUAAUAAUAACCAGUAGAAGAAGAAGAAAUAGAAGAAGAAGAAAACUUUCUUUUUAUAAUGAUUAAAUUGGCACUACAUUUGUUGAUCAGUCUAUAUAUAUUAACCGAAGUUUCCUGUGAUGAAGAUAAUAAUCCAUUACAACCAUGGGAUUCUUUAGAAUAUAAUCCUCAAAAUCGAGUAAUCGCUCCUUAUAAACGUCGACAAAUAUUUCGUUUCGGUAAACGAAACUCACAUCCAACAAUUUAUAAAGAAAUGAAUGAAUUACCUAGUCAAUGGGAUAUUUAUCGGAAAUGAUAAACUGAUAAAGUCAUUUUUUUAAACAAAAGAAAUCUAUGUAUGAUUAAAAUAAAAUACAUUGAAUAAUUGAUAUUUAUUGUAACCAAUGAUUUUUAUUUUUUGUCUAAUUUAAACUGAAUCGAAUAAUCCAGCAUAAUUUUAAAAAACGUUCUUAUUUUGCGGUUUCGUAAAAGUAAUAAUAAGGAAAAAAACACCUUUAGAUAUUGAUUAUACUUCUAUGUUGCAUCGAAAUGUUGCUGACAAUGUAUCUUCUUUUCAAACAUAAAAAAUGUAUAACAAAGGAUGUUUAUUAUACUGACGAACUUUGGAUCCAGUUGUCAUUAAAGUAGCUGUAUGAUUAGAUGUUUUAAGAAAAGUGAAACAAACCUAACGGGUCAUUGAAAACAAAACCAUGACAAAUCAGUGGAGAAAAAUUCUCUCUUUAAGGUGAUAUCACUUACCAAACCUUUACAAUCAUCCAAAUAACUACUUAGAAU